GUCUAGUCAACGGUAUUCUGUCGAUCUAAGAAAACAGCAUUUGACUAUCAAAGGAAAUGAAUGCUUAAGGCAAGAACCAAUCAGAAUCGAUUUGGGAUUGUGUUGCCCGGCAACCGAUCUCUAUUUCAAUCGAGUCUCCCCGUGGGUCAGUCAUUCGAGAGGACAUCCUGUUGCUGAUCAGUCGAUUCGUGUGUUGUCACUUGUCAACAAAGAGGACCAAACCAUCCAGAGGGUGAGUCAAGCCGAUGUUGUUAUGACCGUGUGGCAAGAUAACAUUAUUGCACCAGCGGGGUUCCAUACAAUCACGAUGACCUACGGUGAAUACUAAUCGAUAAAGGACAACAGUAAACAUCUCCUGUUGACGUCUUCAACACCAUACGUAUACCAUGUUUGCUAAGUCUCAGAAGGUGCUGGAGAAGGUACUGGAGGUGAUAUGCUGCAAACAAGACUGCUGUGACUGUUUCCAGGCCAACAAAACCAAGCCCCAACUCAAACCAGACAUCCAGCAUACGUUCCGGGAGUCCCUCUCCCGCCUUGACUCCACGGGGAGCAACACCGACAGCGUCAGAAGCUACAGGGAACGACACGACUCCGACAACUCCCGAACAGACUCCGUGUCCUCUUCAAGCUUCGUCAGCGGGGACUACAAACAUUACAAGUGUACCCCAGUCAUUGACAUGAAACCUAUUGAAUUCUGGGCCGCCAACAGGGAGAGUGUCCAGCCCAAGCCGAAACGACGUCUGCCAAGCGAGAGUGAGAUCAGCAUUGAGAACCUCCAACGAGAUUUGUACGAUAACGAACCCGUAGAUGAACCGUGUUUGACCGAUGAGCAGAAACUUGCCCAGUAUCAGCUUGGUCAGUUACAUUUCGGGCUUCAGUAUGAAGUAUCCUCCAAGGUUCUGGUAGUCAAAAUUAUUGAAGCGAAAGAUCUUCCUCCGCCAUUCAGUCUCGACGAGAACAAACAAGACAUGGCGCAUUCAAAUCCUUAUUGCAAAAUAUCUCUUCUUCCUGACCAAAAGAACUCACAGCAGACAACAGUUCAGCGGAAGAGCCAGUGUCCGAUGUGGAAUGAAUAUUUCAUGUAUGAGAUCUCCUACAAGGAAGUUCAUAUGAGGACAUUAGAGGUCAUUGUGAAAGACUUUGACAAGUACUCCCGGCACUGCAUCAUCGGACGAGUCCUACUGCCGUUGUCCAAUGUCAACCUCAUCAAGGGAGGUCAUAUGUGGAAGCCCUUGUCUCCGGGAAACACGGAGCGACAGGACCUUGGAGAGAUCCUCCUUUCUCUCAAUUACUUGCCGAGCGCCGGUCGACUGAACAUCGACGUCAUGAAGGCCAAACAACUUCUGCAAACCGACCUCGUUGGCGGCUCAGAUCCCUUCGUAAAGAUUACAUUAGUUCACUUCGAGAAGCCAAUCAAAACCAAGAAGACGUCGUGCAAGAAGAACACGUUGGACCCAGUCUUCAACGAGUCGGUCAGUUUUAACCUGACCCCUCAGCAACUGGACAACACAAGCCUGGUCGUCUCUGCGUGGGACCACAACUCCAAGAGCAGGGACGAGUUCGUUGGUCGAGUGGUCAUCGGCAAAUAUGGCUCUGGACCUCACGAAUUCACACACUGGAACCGGAUGCUUCAGUCACAGAGAUGUCCGGUUGCGCAGUGGCAUUCAUUGCGCACGCGUCAAGAUUGUGAUCAAGUGUCGCCGGCUUCCAUUGCUGUUCCAUAAGAGACGUUCUGAUUGGCCAUGACGUCAUGACGACCUUCUCAAAGGUCGACAAACCUGUACACCCCAUAGAGGGAUGCUGACAAACUUAGCAUAGUGUCAUGUAACCAAUUCCGUACGUGAAAGAAGAAGAAGCCCUUGACGUACGUAGUUCGUCAGAGUGAACGUAUGUGACGUACUAACCAAACAAUAUGUCAACCAGAACGUUGACUCAUAUGACACCUCAGGGUGACUGUUCAUAACAGAUGUUUCUGAAACAUUGAACUACAUUGUGAUUUGUGUGUGGCAUAUGUAUUAUGGUUGCCAUGACAACAUAAAAUGGUGACAAGGCGAUGACAAGGUGACAACAUCCCAACAAAGCGUUAUCUACAUGAACAUCACAGUGAGAAUUAAUCAAACGUGACUGUACAUACAGUGUGAUAUCCAUGUAACUUUAUCACUGUGUAUCUCAUGUUUAUCUCUGCACAUGCGGCAGGCCGUAUAGCUACACCUCUAGCGUCAACAUGAAUGAAUAGUCGUAAAGUCGGUGAAGUCUAUUUUAGUUAACGCACAUUCCUCCCAAGAUUUAAACUUAAAACAAAAAAAUGAACUGUGCUUGUGAUUUUCGAAGAUAUUUCAUUCCUGUUUACUCAUUUUCGAAAUUUAACUUAAUCAUAUCUAAAGUCAUUGCAACACUAGGUAUCGUGAUCAAAUAGCGUAGAACCACUGGCACAAUUAUUCCAUAGGGUUGUGCAGAGUUGUCCAGCUUAGGUGUGACAGUAUCCAGUAUUAGCUGUAGAGUGAGGAAGUGAGUGAAUAUUAUUCAGUGCCUCGAAAGCAACCCUUCAACUAUUCGCAAAGAUAGCUUUUAAGUUUAUUAUAAAACUGAAAUCGUUUAAAACAGUCAUUUUGACAACGCAUCUUCAUCCUGUUUGGCGUCACAGGUGGCCGUGUUGUAUAAGGAAGACAUUUCGAACUUUCCUUCCUUUGCGAAACAGACAUGUCAUGGUUUCAUCGAAAUAAUAUUCAAAGCAACCUCAAAAGCAAGCCAAUGCAGAGCCCAAUGUACCAGAAAAGGUGAAAAACGUAAUUAUGGGUAUCGCUUUAUUAUUUACCCAAACAGUUAAUCUGAAAGGGACAUUAAAUAGAAUGGUUAGCUUUGUCAUAUAUUUAACAAUACUAGGGAACAAACAUACAUUCUCUGAAUAAGAAUGUUUAUAUCACAUAUGGAACUCACACUUCGAUAUUGUAGAGAUUUAUACUCCCAUUUCUAUAAAUUCCAACACAUAGAAUCAGAGGAAAUAGCGACAUUAUCCUCCAUGAGGUCCACACAAUGUACAUAUGAUACCCUCAUGUGUGUAAAUAUGUUGUUUUUAUACUGUAUUUUGUACCAGGAAACGGUAUACGUGUCUCCAAACCCUGCAAACCGAUUUUGUCAGUUUUUCACAUUUGAUAAGCAACAUUGUACAAAAUUGUAAAAAACCUGCCGGGCAAAAUACGUUCGAUAGUGACAAAAACAAACAAUGGGAAUUCGAUAGUGCAGAGUCGUGAUUUGGACCUGAAGACUGUGUCUCGGUAUCUGUACUCAUCCUUGGAACGAUCUAAUGACGUUUGUUAUUUUACUGUUAAUUCUACUAUUCAAAUGUAGAAUUUAUUUUUCCCGGCAGUUUGGUAUAUCAGAUUUCAAAGCUCCCGUACGUUCUCGUGAUUGUGAACUGACUUACGUUUGUGACCUCGUUUACGUCAAUUCAACAAUUUUUAAAUAUGUCGAUACUAUCAAGAAUGUGUACAUGUAUUCAAUAUCAGUUUUGUUGUUUGUAUUCUGGUAUUUUUUUACAUAUGUUUGUCAAUGACCAAGACUCCCUUGAUAAUUGAAAGUAUUUUUAUAACUCGGGCCAUAUUGCGGUGUGAAAUGAACUGCGCAUGCUCAGUGUUCGAUGUAUUAAUAUUGGAGGAUGUGAUACACUUUGUAUCAUGUAUCCGAAGCCUGAUACGACUAACUGUGUGUUUGUACCAAUCUGAACUGGUGUAUCUUCUAUAUUCUAUACACAGCUACAUUUUGUGCUGCUGCUGUGUAUGCUAUCGCUGCCCUCUCUGAAACCUACACGUGAAGUUCCGGGUUAGAAUGUACCUUCAGUAACCCAUGCUUGUCGUACGAGGCGACUAACGGGAUCGGGUGGUCAGGCUCGCUG